AUGGAAUUGUUUCAUCAACAACAUUUAUCACCUCCAUUGACACCAGCUGUUUCGCCUUCCAACAUGAUGGAUCCUAUGCAACAAUUCAAACGAAAAUAUUCUGUGGAUGUGGGACCUUUUGGAUUCAACGCUCAUCCUACAUUGAUGCAUGAUCAAGAUGCAUACAGACGAAGCUCGUGUUCAGCCAUGUCAGUGGAUGAUUGCGUGCAGCAACAUCAAGGAACAACUCUCGAUCAUCAUCAUGAUGAAAGAAAUCAUCAAGGUUAUAUGUCUCAACAACAUGAUUAUGAUUAUUUGACGGGUAGCUCUUCUCCAUCAUCUGAUGAAACUUUGACUACUGCUUCCAUGACAAAGGAUCCUUCUACGAAUAACAAGAAUAAACGUCGAUCUGCUCAACAUUAUCAACAUGGUCCCAAUGCUCCUCAUAAACAUGUUUGCAAGUAUUCUUAUUGUGGAUGGAGUUUCAAGCGAUAUGAACAUUUGAAACGACAUAUGUUGGUCCAUACUGGUGAACGUCCUCAUGUUUGUGCUUUCCCUGGUUGUGGUAAAAGUUUUAGUCGUUCUGACAACUUUCAUGCUCAUUAUCGUACUCAUAUCAAAAAGCAAGCAUCUUCUCCUUCUGGUCAACAACAAUUACCUUCUGCUACUGGUCGACGCAAUUCUAAGAAAUCCAACUCCGUCGCAGAAACUAAUUUAAGUGCAACAAUGGCUACUUCUACUUCUUCUUCUUCCGCUUCUACUGUUUCCACUCAACAAGAAUUGAUUCAUGCUUUCCCUUCUUCAACUCAACCUUUUGUUUUCAAUAACAAACCUUUUGAAUUACCUUAUCAGGAUAUUUAUGAUCAACGUUCAUUCAACAACGAGAUGCACGAUCAUUAUUCCUCAAUGACUUCAACUCAACCUUGUAUGACUCUGAAUGGAGGUGGGGUAUCUUCUUUAUUGAAUCAUGAUCAAAUUUCCUCCUCCAUGUUUGGGACAACAACACUUGCUCCUACCUAUGAUUUCCAAGGAGAACUAGGUCAACAUUAUACUGGAUUUAAUACAACAACAACGACAAGUAUGAUACAAUCUCCUUCUGAAUUGACAACUACUGGGGGUAAUGACAAUAAUAACAACAAUGGUACAACCAAGAAACAACGAAAAUGUCGGUCAACUUUAUUACAAUAUAACAACAAUGAUGGUACAAUGGUGGAAAGUGGACAACAAAAAUCUCAUGUAUGUGCUAUGCCUCAAUGUCAAAGACGAUUCAAGCGGUUGGAACAUUUGAAACGACAUAUGCGAAUUCAUACUUUGGAACGACCUUUUGCUUGUACUUUCCCAAAAUGUCACAAACAUUUUUCUCGAUCUGACAACUUGGCUCAACAUAUGAAAACUCAUCAAAAUCGUGCGGACAAACGACAAAGUGUAUCCUCUUCUUCUUCUUCUUCUUCUUCUUCAGUAUCUCCAAGAUCAGUGAUGGAUGACUUUACAUCUCCGAAUAUGAACAAUCAUUCAUCAAGUUAUUCUACUACAUGUUCUACAAUAGAUAGUUAUUCACCUUCUGAUGUAGUCUCUUCUUUACCUUGGUCUUCUUCUGAAUCCGUGGGCUGUUGAACAGAUUACUCCAUUCUUUUAUUUAUAUAUACCUUUUUUUUUUGAUUCAUUAGUUUAGUUUGGUUUUCUUUUUUUUUUUAUGUUCCAUUUUUU